AAGAGGCAUCACAGUAAGCUAGCAAACAGCUGGGAAGGGAGGCAGGAGGAAGAGGGAGAAGGAACGUCCUUCCCUCUCGUUGUUUUGUUUCUGUGGUUGAUAAUUGAGUGUUUUUUUCGGAAGUUCGUCUAGUAGCUGUUUUCAAUUUGUAAACAGCUAGCAUGUCAGCGGUGUUACAGUGGGAGUUAAGCUAACAGCUGGGCAGCUCAGUUUGUUAGCAUCGAUGAGGGAAGCUAACCCCGCCUUCAGAUUGGUAAACAAGGCUCCCCACCUCGUCCUGACUUAGCUGGCCUCCUAACAACGACAGAAGCCAGCAGAAUGACAGAGGAUGCCAUCCUGCUGAAUGUACCCGUCAUUCGGCAGCUGUACCACUGGGACUGUGGCUUAGCCUGCUCCAGGAUGGUUCUGAAGUACCUGCACCCGGUGAGUGAUGAGGAGUUCCAGAGAGCAUGCUGGGAGCUGCAGCUGACGGAGAGCGUGUGGACCAUUGACCUGGCCUACCUCAUGUGUCAUCUAGGGGUCAAACACUGCUUUUGCACGCAGACUCUUGGUGUAGAUAAAGGCUUUAAAAACCAGUCUUUCUAUAAGAAACAUUUCGAUACGGAGGAAGACCGGGUGAACAGACUGUUCCUCAAGGCGGAAAGCAAAGGUGUGGUGGUGAAGAAAUGUUCAGUAACCAUUCAGGAAAUCCAGUCUCAUCUGGAGCAGGGUCACGUGGCCAUCGUGCUGGUCAACGCCGUUGUCCUGACGUGCGAGUCAUGCUCUUCGCCCGUCAAAUACUGCUGCUUCCUGCCCGUGGGGCAGAAGUGUUUCUGCAGGAAGCCGGAGUACCAGGGCCACUUUGUGGUCGUGUGCGGCUUCAACAGCACCUCCGGCUGCAUCUUCUACAACAACCCUGCGUAUAACGACCGUGUGUGUUGCACCAGUGUUGGUAACUUUGAGGAGGCCAGGCGGAGCUACGGAACAGAUGAGGACAUCCUCUUCGUCUUCAAACAGAGCUGAUGGACGACGAUAAUGACCUUGGCUCUUCAUCAUUAGCCUGACUGCAGCAGCUCCCAGGUCUAGCGGCGCCACCUCUGGUCUGCUGUCGGAACUACAGCCAGCUUUUUUUUUUCCUUCCCCUCUUGCUCCACAACCUCAACAGUUCACCCCAAUGAUGGAUGUAAAUGUUCACAAGCCAAAACCUCUUCAUCUCAGAUGAAUUAUUUUUCUACUCUAGUGCGUAACAUGAGCAGAGUGUUACUGUGACAUAGUACAGUAUUUUACUGCACCAGUUUUACCGUUUUAAUUUUGACAUUCUCGCUCAGCGGAUCAGUCGAGCCGUUAAAACUCCUCAGAGUUUGGAGGAAUUAUCUGGGGAAAAUGGGACGUCGUCGAAUGUGAAUUACCAGGGACUGACAUGCGCAUUAUUCAGGGCUUAUCUUCAUGACAGAGUAUUGUGCAUUUACUCUACUUGUUGUGUUUGUUAUUGAUGUGAAGCUGCUCACCUUUAACCCCCUCGCCGCCUCUGCCCUCCAGCCUCGCCUCUACCUGCCUUUUAGGAAGACCCCUCCGCUCCCUUUUCAUCCACACGAGUCUAGGAACAGGGGAAACGGAGCGUAGCGGUGUUUUGAUCGUCUCAGGUAUUCAACGUUCUGACGCGUACCAGCGCUGGAUCAACACAGUGUGUUCUGUCUGCCGGACUCCGAGCGACACCGAGAGACACCGAGAGACAAAGGUUUGUUGGGUUCACUAACUUUACAGGAGAAACGACACGAGUCGAAGCGAUUUGUCUGUGGUCGAUGUCAAUCGGUCGGAUGGAUUCUAUUAACUCUAGGUGAUUUUCCUCAUUGCCUCUCAGUUUUAUUUAUGAUUUUUUUUUUAAGUUGCGAUAAUGUAUAUACAUCUUUGCACUACAUUUUUUGUUUUUGUUUUUUUUCAUACCAGACUCAAUUGUGUUAUUUAAAAGUGAAUCUUUUUCUAGCGCUAUAAAAUGUCCGUGCCGUCUGCUCGUGCUCUCUGGUGGAAACAAACGGCACGUUUUAAAACCACAAUCUUUAUUUUUUUUAAAAACAUAGAACUGCAUUUAUUAUGAGCUGUAAUUAAAAGAUUUCCACACGUGC